AUGGCCACCAUUUCAUUCGCUAAAAGUUUGGUUAACCCAGCUGUCAAAUUACUUCUCAAACAGAAUAAUUGCUCACAUGUAAGGUGUACCACUGGACUAAAUGGGCUAACACCAUUGAGUAUUGUACUUAGAAGGAACUAUGCAGAGAAGCAAGUAUUUGAGCGAACAAAACCCCAUUGUAAUGUAGGUACUAUUGGACAUGUCGACCAUGGGAAGACCACUCUCACAGCAGCAAUCACUAAAGUUUUGGCCGAUGUUAAUCUUGCCCAGAAGAAAGGCUAUGCAGAUAUUGACAAUGCACCAGAGGAGAAAGCCCGUGGUAUCACUAUUAACGUUGCUCAUGUUGAGUACCAGACAGAAGCCAGGCAUUAUGGACAUACAGACUGUCCUGGUCACGCUGACUACAUUAAGAACAUGAUCACUGGCACAGCUCAAAUGGAUGGCGCCAUACUUGUGGUAGCUGCCACUGAUGGAGUGAUGCCACAGACACGAGAGCACUUGCUCCUUGCCAAGCAGAUUGGUAUCCAGCAUGUAGUGGUAUUCAUCAACAAAGUGGAUGCUGCUGAUGAAGAGAUGGUAGAGCUUGUAGAAAUGGAAAUUAGGGAGCUUAUGUCUGAGAUGGGAUAUGAUGGUGAUAAAGUACCUGUAAUCAAAGGAUCAGCCUUGUGUGCAUUGGAGGGAAAGAGCCCUGAAAUUGGUUCAGAAGCAAUCUCCCAACUCUUGAAGGAAGUUGAUGCUUUCAUCCCAACACCAAUUCGUGAAUUAGACAAACCCUUCCUGUUGCCAGUUGAGUCAGUACAUUCAAUCCCUGGACGUGGUACUGUAGUCACUGGGCGCUUGCAUAGAGGUGUACUAAAGAAAGGAACAGAAUGCGAAAUUGUUGGUCAUGGCAAAGUUAUGAAAACCACCGUCACAGGUGUAGAGAUGUUCCACAAGACAUUAGAUGAGGCUCAAGCUGGAGAUCAGCUGGGAGCCCUGGUCCGAUCUAUUAAACGAGAACAAAUCAAGCGUGGAAUGGUCAUGGCCAAGCCUGGUACUGUUAAAGCUCAUGACAAUGUUGAAGCUGCAGUGUACAUCUUGAGCAAAGAAGAGGGUGGUCGGUCAAAGCCCUUCACAUCCUUCAUUCAGUUACAGAUGUUCUCUAUGACGUGGGACUGUGCCACACAAGUAGUAAUUCCUGAUAAAGAGAUGGUGAUGCCUGGUGAAGAUGCUUCGUUGAGACUUCGUCUUCUGAAACCUAUGGUAUGUGAGCCUGGUCAAAGAUUUACUCUACGUUUGGGUGAUUUGACGCUCGGUACUGGCGUUAUUACCAAAAUCAACAACAAUUUGUCUGAGGAGGACAGGCUAAAACUCUUGGAAGGCAAGAAGGCCAGGGAAAAGGCUUCUUCCAAAAAGUGA